CAAAAUUCCAAAAUGCCGAAUUCCAAUAGUACGCACGUGUGUUCCUAUAUUCCGAGGUCUGCAUUUGUUAUUUUUGAAAUGGUUGCAAACCUGAGAUUGGAAGCAAAAGAGAAGCAAAAGAGAAGCAUCAUCGUUCUCGUUGGAAUUGUUUUAAGACGACUGGUAGCUAAAUUGGAAAGAUGGUAUGUGACAACCGUUUAGACUGAGAGAACUGAUCCGAAUUGACAGGGCAAACUAACAUUUGGAUUAAAUUUUUUUACUGAACUGCUAAUAGUCAUCAAAUCAAGGUAUUCAAACUCUUUUAAAAGCUGAAAGAGAUGCUCACAAAAUUGUUUCCGAAGCUAGACAAUGUAAGUAAAACAUCACCGUUAUUUAAUUCCUUUUGCUGCGAAUAUGGGCAAUGACUAACUUUUUGGUGCAAUUUGACUAUAGAUCGUACUGGGAAAUUAAAGGCAGCCAAAUUGGACGCAGCUAAAGAAAUUCAAGAG